AUGGCUACGGUCAAGCACCCGCAGCACGCGCCCACAGACGGGUCGUAUUACGACCUCGGCGAAUACGAACGCGCCGCAACUACCAACAGCUCAGAAGCAAAGACAUGGUUCGACCGCGGCUUCCGUUGGCUUUUCGGCUUCAAUCACGAAGCUGCAGCUGAAUGCUUCGAGACAGCGAUUGCCCACGACCCCGGUUUCGCACUGGCCCACUGGGGCGUCGCUUAUGCCCUCGGCCCCAACUACAACAAGCCGUGGUCGUUCUUUGGAACCGAAGAGCUUCAGCAGACGGUCGAGAAGACGCGGUCCGAAGUCCUUCGGGCGAUUAAGACCGGUGCCAAUGCUACACCAGUUGAGAGAGCCAUCAUCGAUGCCAUUCAGUAUCGUUAUCAGGCGGAUAAACCGCCGAGCGAUUGCGCAAUCUGGACUGCCGACUACGCUGAUGCGAUGGGCAAGUGCUACGCGGCCCACAGCGAAGACCUAGAUGUCGCAUUCCUCUACGCCGACGCGCUCAUGAAUCUGACUCCGUGGGCUCUCUGGGACAUCCGGACUGGCGAGGUGCCGGAAGGCGCUCGGACGCUCGAGGCCAAGAAAGUCCUGGAUAAGGCCCUCACUCUACCUGGUGGGCACCAGCAUGGCGGCCUGCUACAUCUGUACAUCCACUUGAUGGAAAUGUCUUUGAAACCCGAGGAGGCGUUGCCGUUGGGUAAUCGACUGCGCGGCCUCUUGCCUGAUGCUGGACACCUCCAACAUAUGACCACGCAUUUGGAUCUCCUGUGCGGAGACUACGCGAGCGCCGUCACAUGGAACGCCAAGGCGCUUGAGGCGGACGACAAGUACAUCCAGUACGCGGGGACCAACAACUUCUACUCGCUCUAUCGAUCGCACGACUACCACUUCUUGAUUUAUGCCUCCAUGUUCAGCGGAAAGUACACAGCGGCAAUCACGGCGUGCGAGAACAUGGAACAGUCCCUCCCCGAAGAGCUCCUGCGCAUUGAAACACCUCCAAUGGCAGACUGGGUCGAAGUAGCCAUGAGCUUCCGCUACCACGUCUACAUCCGUUUCGGCAAAUGGCAAGAGAUCCUCGACCACCCGCUCCCUCACGACCAAGGACUCUACGCCGCCACAACAGUCAUAGCACACUACGCCCGAGGCGUCGCGUACUCAGCCCUCGGCCGCAUCGAGGAAGCCGAGGCUGCGCGCGCCGCGUUCCAGGCCGCGUCCGAGCGCAUGCCCGAGUCGCGCAUGCUCUUCAACAACUCGUGCGCCGACAUCAACCAGAUCGCCGCGCGCAUGCUCGACGGCGAGCUGGAGUACCGCAAGGGCAACAUCGCCGCCGCCUACCAGCACCUCCGCGACGCCAUCCACAUCGACGACACCUUGCCCUACGACGAGCCCUGGGGCUGGAUGCAGCCGACCCGACACGCAUACGGCGCCCUGCUCCUCGAACAGGGCCACGUUGAGGACGCGGCUGAGGUCUACAAGGCCGACCUGGGCUACGAUGACACGCUGCCGCGCGCCCUGCAGCAUCCCGACAACUUGUGGUCGCUGCACGGGUACCACGAGUGUCUUGACACGUUGGGGAGGGCGGAGGAGGCGGAGGUGAUCGCGGGGAAAUUGCGCGAGAAGCAGGCGGUGGCGGAUGAGCCGAUUAAGGCGUCUUGCUUCUGUAGGUUGGAGACUGCCGAGGGGGAAUAG